CACACACACUCUGGCAGGAUCGCGUAGGUUGUGUGGAAGUCAGCUCGGAUCUGCGCUCGCGGAGGAAGACUUGGCCGCUGUCGGCUUUUAGAGGCGCUUUAGGAAGGGACGCGCAGAAGUCGGGAUGUUUUUUGGGACACAACAAAGGAAAUAAGAAGAAGUGGUGAAAAGAGCGUGUUGGACGCAGGGAACACACACACACAACCCGACACCACUCUCUCUCUCUCUCUCUCUCUCUCAACGCCCCCCUCCUUUCCCAGCAGAAACACAGGGAGAGCGAGAUCCGGACAUUCCGGCUUGUUUUUCUUCACUGUUUGAUUCUCCUGUGUCUGUUUUAGUAACAAUAACAGCAACACAAAUACUAAAUCACGAAAACUUUUCAUGGAUUCACCAUUGUGAGACGGACAGCUACAAAAAACAAACUAAGAAGAAAAAAAAACAGGAGAUAAUGAAAUUUCUGUGAUUAGAGGAGAAGUGUGAUUUCUGCUCUUACUGAACCAAAAGGAGAGAAAAAGGAGUGGAGGAGACAGACAGACAGACAGACAGGAAUGCUGUGGAAUAUAAUCAAGCUGGACAAACCCAAGACGUUGUGGAUGGACCCUUGAGAAGACAUGGGCUUGGAUAGUUCUGCCUCAGUCACACCCAUUUAAAUUCACCUUGGAGCUUUUUUGUCUUCUUCACAAAACCCCAAAUACCCACAGCCCCCCAUUUUGCACUACAAAUAUUCUGCACUCUGAGGUUUUUCUGAUAAGUGCACAAAUGACUCUGUAUUUAAGAUUUAGCCACUAAGAGUAUAGAAUAAACUGUCCUCAGUGCACCAGUAGACCUUAUUAAUCCUAAAUGUGCUAGAAUAGCAACCCAGUAGCUUUCCAAAUAAAGCUUCUGGGAAUGGCAAGAUGAGUGGCUUCAAACGAUAAUGAUGGCAAAAAAACAAGAUCCCCGGACACCAACCUACAACCUGGUUGUAGUAGGUUUGUCCGGGACUGAAAAAGAGAAAGGGCAAUGUGGAGUAGGAAAGUCCUGCCUUUGUAAUCGCUUUGUACGCCCCAGUGCUGAUGAUUUUUAUUUGGACCACACUUCUGUUCUGAGCACUAGUGACUUUGGUGGUCGAGUAGUAAACAAUGACCAUUUUUUGUUUUGGGGUGAGGCAUCACGAUCAUUGGAGGAGGGACCUGAAUGCCGGAUGCAUGUGGUGGAGCAGACAGAGUUCAUUGAUGACCAAACGUUUCAACCACAUCGAAGCACUGCACUGCAGCCUUACAUUAAGAGGGCAGCUUCAACCAAACUGGCAUCUGCUGAAAAGCUCAUGUAUUUCUGUACUGAUCAGUUAGGACUUGAACAAGACUUUGAGCAAAAACAAAUGCCUGAAGGAAAGCUUCUUGUGGACGGGUUCCUUCUUUGUGUUGAUGUAAGCAGGGGAAUGAACCGUAAUUUUGAUGACCAGAUGAAGUUUGUUUCCAAUCUGUACAACCAGUUAGCCAAGACUAAGAAACCAGUUGUACUCAUAUUGACCAAGUGUGAUGAGGGAGUUGAGCGAUAUAUUAAAGACUCUCACACCUUUGCUCUAGCCAAGAAAAAUUUGCAGGUAGUUGAGACUUCAGCACGUUCUAACGUCAAUGUUGACCUUGCCUUCCUCACCCUAGUGCAGCUCAUAGAUAAGAGUCGUGGAAAACCGAAGAUCAUACCCUACUUUGAGGCUCUGAAGCAGCAGAGUCAGCAAAUAGCUUCUGCUAAGGACCGCUAUGAAUGGCUUGUCAGUUGCAUUGUGAAGAACCACAAUGAAACAUGGCUCAAUAUCAACCGUAGAAUGCAAACUUCCUCUGAAUACAAAGAGUAUGUCUUCCUUGAGGGUACUUCCAAAGCCAAAAAAUUAUUUCAACAACAUGUGCACAGGCUCAAACAGGAGCACAUAGAAAAACGGCGCAAGAUGUAUUUAAGUACACUUCCACAGGCUCUGUUUACUUUGGUACCAGAUUUAGAUGAGAUUGAUCACUUGAGCUGGUCAGGAGUACAGAAAGUUCUGGAGACAAAGCGAGGGUUUUCUCAGUGGUUUGUUAUAUUAGAUGACACACCAUGGGAAACUACACCACAUAUAGAUAAUUUGGAAGAUGACCGCAUACCCCAGGAUCUUUUGGAGACACCAGCUGCAGAAGCUCUCUAUGAAACUCACUUGGAGAACCUGCGAAAUGAGAGAAAACGAGCAGAAAUGCGUCAAGAAUUCAAAGAGAAACUGGUUUCGUCACCAUUUGUCACUCCUGGCAAGCCUUGGGAAGAGGCUCGCAGCUUUAUAAUGAAUGAGGAGUUUUACCAGUGGCUAGAGGAACCUGAGUAUCUGGAUAUCUAUAACAGGCAUCAGAAGGAGAUUAUUGACCAAGCCAAAGAGGACUUCCAGGAGCUUUUGCUGGAGUAUUCUGAGCUGUUCUAUGAGCUUGAGGUAGAUGCUAAACCCAGUAAAGAGAAAAUGGGUGCCAUACAAGAAGUUCUUGGAGAGGAACAAAGAUUUAAGGCUCUUCAGAAACUUCAAGCAGAGAGGGAUGCUUUAGUACUCAAGCAUAUCCAUUUUGUCUACCACCCAACAAAGGAGACCUGCCCUAGUAGCCCUUACUGUGUGGACAGCAAGAUUGAGCAGAUCUUAGCCACAAGAUUUCCUACUCGGUAUACAUUUGAUGGCACCUUAAAGUCCCAGUAUGGUGAUGGAAAAGUAGAUAGGAUUAAUCUUGUAAUCCUUGGAAAAGAUGGACUUGCAAGGGAAUUAGCCAAUGAGAUCAGGGCAAUGUGCACCAGUGAUGACCGAUAUACACUGGAUGGAAAAACAUAUGAGCUGGCUCUGCGGCCUAUAGAAGGCAAUGUACGUUUGCCAGUUAAUUCUUUUUACACACCUACUUUUACCCCACAUGGAUGCCUCUGUCUUUACAACUCAAAAGAAUCAUUGUCCUAUGUUGUUGAAAGCAUUGAGCGACUUCGUGAAUCAACCAUUGGACGAAGGGAUAACAGCUUAGCACAGCUUCCCAUGUCACUUCUACUGGUCACCAAGAGAGGAGUUGGGUCAAUUGGGGAUAUUGGAGGAGAAACUGCCCAAAGUUUAAUAGUACAAGGGCAACAGGUAGCUGGGAAACUGCAGUGCACUUACUUGGAUCCUGCUUCUCCUGGUGCAGGUUAUGCACGCAAUUUAAAUGAAAAGCAGAUCAACCAAGUCCUUAAAAGCCUCUUGGAUCUACAGCGACCCUCUUGCAGUCUUGGAAGUGGCUCCCCUCCUUUGCCAAAUCCCCGUACCCGUUUUAGAGACUCUCAGACACAGCAGACUUCAGAAGCUGAUUUACAUGUUGUAAUGUGCGUCAUGUGUGGGGACAGUUAUGAUGUAGACCAACUUUUAUCACCCUUCUUACACUCUCAGCACUGUAGACCAUCUGCCAAUCUAUCUACUGGCACAUCCGUGUUGUUGGACCUUACUAUUGGUAGCCAGAGGCAGACCAUUGACCUAGCAGUGCUGUCAUAUCAUUCUACUUUUUCUUUACGCAAGAGUCGUUUGGUGCAUGGAUACAUUGCGGUAUACUCGGCAAAACGCAAAGCUUCAAUGGAAACCCUUUGUGCCUUCCUUUGUGAAGUGCAAGACAUUAUUCCUGUACAGCUGCUGGCAGUUGGGGAGAGUCAAGCAGAGCUAACAGAAUCUGAGGUAGCCCGUGAUCAGCUGAUCGAAGGGGAGGAAUUGGCUCAUGAAAUUGAGGGCCGUUUCACUUCUGUUGUCUGUGGAGCUGGCGGAGUAGUGGGUGGCCUGCAUCGAAUAGAUCUCUUCCAGCCCUUUUUAAAGGAGGUAGUUGAGAAAAAGACCAUCGUAGAAGCCACACACAUGUAUGACAAUGUAGCAGAGGCCUGCAGUACCAAUGAGAAUGUUCAUUCACCUCGUUGCGGGUCACCAAGCAUCCCCCUGAUGGACUCUGAAGAUGACGUUGAGCCCUCACCACUUUUCCCUAUCUGUAGAGAUGAUAGCACAUUGACUCAUGGCUUUAAGUUUUCUGACCUUGAAAAUACUGAUACCUUCAGUGUCAUUUCAGAAAUUAGCACCUUUGAAAGCAAGCUUAACAACAAGGUUCCACCACAGGUGCGACCCAAGCCUACAGUAACAUUUGGGAAAGUUCUUGGCCCGUACGUGGACCAUGGAGGUAACAGACGUUCAUUACCUUCAGUCACAUGGCCACCAAGCAAUGAUGGUGGUUAUGAUCCUUCUGAUUAUUCUGAGCCAGUAGAUGCUGUACCUAAGCCCCGGCCCACAGAAGAGGAAAACAUUUACUCAGUCCCACAUGACAGCACACAGGGUAAAAUCAUUACCAUUCGCAAUGCAAACAAGAGCCACUUUAACGGUGGGGGCAAUGGCUCGGACAGCGAGGCAGACAGCAGUUCCCUAGAGCGUCAGCGCAAGUUAUCUUCUCUUGGAGUUAAGCCACGAUUAUACCGUGAUCGCUCUAAACGUUUGGGCAAGUUCAGUAAUUUUCGCACAAGUUUCAUUGGCAGUGAUGAUGAGCUUGGAGGUCCACCCAAAACCAAAGAGGACGAGUUGGGAAUACAGAAAGGGGACAACUCCCUGAAUGAAGAGGGUGAAGACCCUAAGAAAAACAAACUGUUAAGAAGUCUGCGCAGGACUGGCAAGAAAACAAGGAUAAAGCCCCGCCCGUCUAUUUCUAAACAACCGGAGAGUAACUACUUUGGUGUGCCGUUGGCCAACGUGGUCUCACCGGAGCGUCCCAUCCCACUGUUUAUUGAGAAGUGCAUCCGUUACAUAGAAGCGACUGGUCUAAGCACAGAGGGAAUCUACAGGGUGAGCGGCAACAAAGCUGAGAUGGAGAGCAUGCAACGGCAAUUUGACCAAGAUUCCAACCUGGACCUGGUGGAAAAGGACAUCUCUGUGAACACUGUAGCCGGAGCCAUGAAGAGCUUCUUUUCUGAGCUGCCAGACCCGUUGGUGCCCUACAACAUGCAGGUGGAGCUGGUGGAGGCCUUCAAGAUCAAUGAUCGGGAGCAACGGUUCCUCGCCAUGAAGGACGUGCUGCGUAGGUUCCCCCGAGAAAACUAUGAUGUCUUCAAAUACGUCAUCAGCCACCUGAACAAGGUGAGCCAGAACAGUCGUGUGAAUCUGAUGACUAGUGAUAAUCUAUCCAUCUGUUUCUGGCCCACGCUGAUGCGGCCUGACUUCACCACCAUGGAUGCGCUGACAGCGACGCGCACUUACCAGACAAUCAUCGAGACUUUCAUCUACCAGUGUGCUUUCUUCUUCUACAAUCAGCCCCCGGUCGACAACCCAAGUGGCCUGCCCGGGCUCCCAGGCUCCCCCACUGCCACCCUGUCCUCCACUACAUCAGUGUCUGGCUCCGCCUACUCGUCCUGUAACACCACAUCCCAGCACGUAGCCACACCCUUCACUUCGACUCAGCAGUCCCCACCCCAUUCUCCUCCCCCUACUCCACAGUCACCUAUCCAGAGUCUACUGCCUCCACUGCACCCACACCACGCACCAACGGAACAACACAUGCUGUGAAGCAGAAAGAAUGUAGAGAGAGAACGAAAGUGAAAGAGAUUUUCUGAAACGGGAAAAGAGCUGAGGAGGUUACAGAUUUACAGAGAUUACAUAAAUGGAGAUGGAUUCUUAGAAACAAGUAAAUAAGAUUGAGGGAAUGUGCCUGCUGGUGCAAGGGAACACGAGAGAGAGAGAGAGAAAGUGUAAGGCAUAGCGAGAAGGUCAAGCCACUUCAGCCGUGAGACACUCCAGUAACAUCUCAUCUUCCUCGUUAUUGAUCACCGCACCUGUCGAAAUUCUCCUCAUAAUAUAACUCUUUCAUAUAUACACAAUAGAUCUGAGAGCAUGCCCUCUUUAAGGUCAGCACAGGACAGACAUGAUGGAAGGUGUGUGCGCAGGAAGCCUGUGUUCCCUGGCCCUUCCUUAGUCACCUGAGAGGUGCUUGAGUAGAAAACAAACUUGAUAUGUGUGGAGUUUGGACAAAAAAAAAAAAAAAAAAAGAACUUAAUUCUCCACAUGGUCUCCAUAACCUGCUCUUACCAAUAGGAAAGAAGCAAAAUGUGGCAAGAGGCCAUCUUAGCAUUAGCAGCAUUUUUUUUACCCAUCAACCACUAUUAUCACUUUUUUUUCUUUUCUUUCUUUCAACAAAAAAAAAAAAAAAAACUGAUUCCAGCAAUUAAAGACACGACUUUAACUCUGUCAGACGUUUUCAUUCCUCCCCUUUGGAACGAGUCCCAAUUAAAGAACAUCAUGUUUAACAAAAACAGCCCGAACAAGAACUCGACAAACUGGAUCUGGUUUCAUUGGCAGUGGACUACAGUGAACCUUGGUACUUUUUUUUUUUUUUUUUUUUUAAUUGCACAGCAUUCUGAGAUUUGAAGUCUUUCUCAUUAUCUCUGUUCAUCUCUCUGCCCUAACAAAUGAGCCACAAUCUCAAAAACAUGCCUGGAAACUUGUUUUAUUUUUCUUCUAGCAGACAGAAGGAAUGAAAGUAUGUGUACCUUGAUUUGGAGUGUGUUUUCUUGGUGCAUCAGUCAGGGUUCAUUUGUGCUCCACAUUAAUAUUGAAUCUCAGUGAGAUUUCUCAUUAGAACAGACGUGGAAAGUUGAUGCACUAGUGAGCUGAAAUGUUCAUGUGUGUGCGUGAGUAUGCGUUUAUGUGCGUUGCGCGCCUGCCUGCCUGAAUGUAUACUUUAUGCUUGUGAGAUUUUGGCAGCUUUCAAAAGUGUCCAACAUACAGUUUUGAUGGAGAAAAAAGGAGACAUGAAAGUUGUUUGUAGAAGUAUUUGGGUGGGGAUUUUGGUUCUCUGUGUGUUCACACUGAAAGGAGAAGCUGCAUUGUCUAAAUAACCAAUUGCAUCGUUAAGUCCAAACUGUGCUGCACUAUUCCAUUUAAAACUUCCAAAAAGAUUUUAAAUCGAUUGUUGCUCAGUCAAAAACGCUUUGUGUCUGAAGGAGAACAGAAGACGAAAGAGAGACUUAAAGGGAAGACCCAGGCCUGUUUUUUUUUUCUUUUUUUUUUGGUAUGAAGUCAUUGUGCUCAUAUUUCAGUGUGCUACUGCCAUCUCCUGUGCCAACAAGGUACUGCAUGUCAGACUCAGUCUUCAUUUUUUAAAAUCUACUGCAGACACAAUCCAUCCUGAUCUUCCUCAUUAGAAGUGCUUGAUGCACUUUAAAUCACAGUUCUUAUUCACACCACAUCACCGGUGAUAAAUCCUGAUGGGCCCGGGUUCCUCAACAACACACUUCUCAGCACUUCAUCAUCUUUGUAUUCUCAGGUCGCUGCUGCGAUAAUGGUUCAUUAACUAUCAAUUCUUCCUAACCGUCAGCUUCAUAAAUGUUAUCGUCAUGUCUGAUGCCACUCUGCAAAAAUCGUGAUGCUGAUACUCAACAGGCUGAGUUUUGGAAUUAAACAGGGAUUUUUAGGACUUUAAAUUAGCCAUUUUAAUUGACAUUUCUCAUAGUGUAGGUCUGUAAUUAAUUUCUUUAAUCUCAACUGCCCACUACUUCUGCCCUGCCAGGCAAAUCUUGACACAGUUUUUAUUGCCCACGCUUGUACCUCAGCUCUUUUUCUUCUCUUUUCAGUUAACAUGGUAUUUUUUGGGAAAAUUGGGAGAAGGAUCCAUGCUCUCCUGGUACUUUACAGUUGAUUGCUGUCUUGCCACAUUCUCAGUGUAAAUCAUAUGUCAGUGUCUCAAUACAGAGUUGAUCUUUAGCAGCCAAAGACUGCGCAAAAGGGCAAGUGAUCGACAAGGAAGGGCAUCAAAUGGGAUUUAAAAUGUGACGUUUCAGCAAUCUUAUGUGGCUGCAUUUUUUUUUUCUUUUGCAAAAGUGGUGUCUAAGUUAAUUGAGAAGCAAGCAAAACUAUAUUCAAAAUGGUUGUUUAUUUGUAUGUUAGGGGGUCUAACACUUUGCCCUGUAGUCAAUGGUGAUAGAAAAAAAAAUGUUUCUUUUUAUGUUUUAUUUUAAUAAUUAAAAAAAAGGCAAUUUUUAACAAUUUUGUGAAUGGUGUAAAGGCCAUAUGAUGUAGUGCAUGAUUCAACUCCAAGUCUGGGAGUUGGGACCUUCAACUCUUCGUAUUUAAGAGGACAAAAAUACAUUAACUAAAUAAAAAAAAAAAGAAUGGAAAAAAAACAUGAAGUAAACUGAGAAGAAAUAAAAAUCAUGACAUUAUUUGCUAUGGCCAUUUGUCUCAGUGGGAAUGGUGUACAAACAGUAAGGCCUUAUGUGAGCUGUAUUAUAGUUAAUAAAUCAAUCUUGUAAUAUG